AAACUUAUUUACUUGAUGACCACAGAAUACACUUCUCGGGAAACUGAAAAAGAAACAACCACAACUCAUGAAGUUUUCACUACAUCCAACAAGCCUGAACAGUUGACAAGCGGACCAACAACUGAAGUUAUUUUAACUGCUUCUACAGCAGAAAUUAAAUAUUCAACUGAACGACAGGUGUAUGUAACAUCAAAGUCUUCAACAUCCUCAGAUCAAACAUCAACACUGUACUUGUCCACGACAGCAAAGAAAACAACAGAAACUGAAAGCUCCAUGGAGACACAAAGUACAAUAACAUCAAAAACCUCAAUUGCACCCAUUACAAAAACACUUCCAACGGUCACUGGUAAAGUAUUGACAACACUGUCCACGGAAUCACAAUCUGUGUCCACACUUCCUACGACUGAAGAACAAAGCACUGAGUAUGAAUUGACAACGUCAUCUGGAACAUCAACAUCUACAAGCACAUCCCUCCCGAUUACACAAACCACACUACCAGUCGUUACCUCCAGGCAACCAACAACGCAAACAAAGACAACUGAAGUGCCAGUCACAACACUUGUGUCCACAACAGUAAGUGCUGAAUCAUCCACUGCAUUUGAGCUUACCACUCAGGGUCUUUCUUCAACAACAAAACCAGUCAAAGCUGAAACAACACUUUCAAUCACCACACCAGCCAUCCCAUCCACUACUGUUAUUGUCGAGGAGGGAAGCACCACUGUCCAACCACCUACAGAAACCUCAGCUCCAAUCAGUGUCUCCACAACUUCAAAAUCAUCUACAGCUACGCAUACAACUGGAGAAGUAACAACAACUGAGACUGCAACUGAGAAUGAAUUGACCACAUCUCAGACACCUUUGUCCACCACCAGGCCACCAAAGGUGGUAACAACGGGUCUAACAAGCCUACCAACAACUACAGCCACAACCACUUUAGAAGAGUUAACAGCUACUUCAUCUGAGACAUCAUCAUCGUCAGGCACAUCUAUCCCAGUGACACAAACCUCAGUACCAGUCGUUACAUCCACACAACCAACAACGCAAACAAAGACAACUGAAGUGCCAGUCACAACACUUGUGUUCACAACAGUGAGUGCUGAAUCAUCCACUGCAUAUGAACUUACCACUCAGGGUCUUUCUUCAACAACAAAACCAGUCAAAGCUGAAACAACUCUUUCAACCACCACACAAGCCAUCCCAUCCACUACUGUCAUUGUCGAGGAGGGAAGCACCACUGUCCAACCACUUACAGAAACUUCAGCUCCAAUCAGUGUCUACACAACUUCAAAAUCAUCUACAGCUACUCAAACAACUGGAGAAGUAACAACAACUGAGACUGCAACUGAGAAUGAAUUGACCACAUCUCAGACACCUUUGUCCACCACCAGGCCACCAAAGGUGGUAACAACUGGUCUACCAACAACUACAGCCACAACCACUUUAGAAGAGUUAACAGCUACUUCAUCUGAGACGUCAACAUCUUCAAGCACAUCUAUCCCAGUGACACAAACCUCAGUACCAGUCGUUACAUCCAUGCAACCAACAACGCAAACAAAGACAACUGAAGUGCCAGUCACAACACUUGUGUCCACAACAGUGAGUGCUGAAUCAUCCACUGCAUAUGAACUUACCACUCAGGGUCUUUCUUCAACAACAAAACCAGUCAAAGCUGAAACAACUCUUUCAACAACAACACCAGCCACCCCAUCCACUACUGUCUUUGUCGAGGAGGGAAGCACCACUGUCCAACCACCUACAGAAACCUCAGCUCCAAGCAUUGUCCCCACAACUUCAAAAUCAUCUACAGCUACUCAAACAACUGGAGAAGUAACAACAACUGAGACUGUAACUGAGAAUGAAUUGACCACAUCCCAGACACCUUUGUCCACCACCAGGCCACCAAAGGUGGUAACAACUGGUCUAACAAGCCUACCAACAACUACAGCCACAACCACUUUAGAAGAGUUAACAGCUACUUCAUCUGAGACAUCAUCAUCUUCAAGCACAUCUAUCCCAGUGACACAAACCUCAGUACCAGUCGUUACAUCCACGCAACCAACAACGCAAACAAAGACAACUGAAGUGCCAGUCACAACACUUGUGUCCACAACAGUGAGUGCUGAAUCAUCCACUGCUUAUGAACUUACCACUCAGGGUCUUUCUUCAACAACAAAACCAGUCAAAGCUGAAACAACUCUUUCAACAACCACACCAGCCACCCCAUCCACUACUGUCUUUGUCGAGGAGGGAAGCACCACUGUCCAACCACCUACAGAAACCUCAGCUCCAAGCAUUGUCCCCACAACUUCAAAAUCAUCUACAGCUACUCAAACAACUGGAGAAGUAACAACAACUGAGACUGUAACUGAGAAUGAAUUGACCACAUCCCAGACACCUUUGUCCACCACCAGGCCACCAAAGGUGGUAACAACUGGUCUAACAAGCCUACCAACAACUACAGCCACAACCACUUUAGAAGAGUUAACAGCUACUUCAUCUGAGACAUCAUCAUCUUCAAGCACAUCUAUCCCAGUGACACAAACCUCAGUACCAGUCGUUACAUCCACGCAACCAACAACGCAAACAAAGACAACUGAAGUGCCAGUCACAACACUUGUGUCCACAACAGUGAGUGCUGAAUCAUCCACUGCUUAUGAACUUACCACUCAGGGUCUUUCUUCAACAACAAAACCAGUCAAAGCUGAAACAACUCUUUCAACAACCACACCAGCCACCCCAUCCACUACUGUCCUUGUCGAGGAGGGAAGCACCACUGUCCAACCACCUACAGAAACCUCAGCUCCAAGCAUUGUCUCCACAACUUCAAAAUCAUCUACAGCUACUCAAACAACUGGAGAAGUAACAACAACUGAGACUGUAACUGAGAAUGAAUUGACCACAUCUCAGACACCUUUGUCCACCACCAGGCCACCAAAGGUGGUAACAACUGGUCUCUACCAACAACUACAGCCACAACCACUUUAG